GGAAGAAACGACAGUCCUCACAACAAACAGGUUUUUCAUGAUCAUUUUUAUUUUUCAGACCCUAUUUAUAAAGUUUUUUGAGAUUUAGUUCAUUACGUCUCCACCUGCAGUGGAUUAUUUGACAAAAAUCGGCUUUGUAACUCCAUUCUGUUAAUCUGUUACAUUACCAUAGUGAUUGAUUCCAUCAUUAACCUCAACACAGUGUCUGAUUUGUAAAAAAAAGUGUCCCCAAAUUACCUGGUUGGGUGUUUCUUGUGCCGCCCGCUUGGCCAUAUCCCCCAUAUCCAACUCAACUGAUUAAAGCAUGGGUGCCAAUAUUUGCAUUUCUGGUGAUUUAAAAAAAAAGAUCUAAAAUUCAGUAAUGCUGAUAAAUGCGACCAACAUGCUGUGAGAAGCCACUCCACUCUGUGGAGGUUUUCAGGCUUAAUUUAAAAGGGCAUCAUUGAAACACUGUGAAAACACUGCGCAGGUGUAUUUGGCUUGAGUAAAGACAAUUAAUGGAUCCGUUAAUUGUCUGUGGUAUGUGUUUCCUGAGAAAUACCCUGAAGAUUGACUGAUUGUGUCAUAAUGUAACCAUUUAUUUAGCCCGUUAGGAGCUGUAAACAACCGCAUUUCAUGAGAAGGCCGUUGGAUCUCUAAGAUCUCCAUUUGCUCCUGCGCUUUUGUGGCUCCGUUAGGCAGAAAACGGAAAGUGGGCGUGUUGUUGCCUGUUAGCCAUGGCCAGCAGCAGCGGCAGUGCGAGGUGUCUGAGAAUGGCAUGUUAGACAUACCACGGCUUUGCGUAUGGGUCUGUUUGGGGUGAGUAAACUCGUGUAUAUUUAGGUUUCCAGUGAGCGCGAUUUGCGUUUAAACGGCAAUAGGGGGAAAAAAAUUAUUGAUAGAAUAAAGCAGACAGUGGGGGAGGGACUGCAUCUCCUCCUCGCUCCAUCUCACAUUACCGAGCUAUAGUGGAGAGGCGAAGUCAGCACAGGACAAGCUGCGACAUAUGAGCCUGCCUCCAAAUUCAAAUGUGAUCAAAUGAGGGUCAACGGGGGCCAUUACGCGCCUCCGUCGAUUUUUUUUUUUUUUACCCCGAAUCACAUUUACGCGCAGGGCCAUUACGAAUAGAGCGCACCCGCUGUGCGGACGCACGAUGAGACUGGGCGGCGUGGCCCAGCUAUGUCCGUUCGGUCUGUCGGUGCAGUGAGUGACGGCGGCAGCUGUGGAGGUUGGAGAAAGAAUCCUCUCAUGGGACUACCCGGUCCUGGAGCGCCCGAUCUGGAGGCAACGUGAGGAGCGCGUAAACCUCCAGAACACGGACGACAUCAGGGCUUUCCUCCCAGCGCCGGACAGGUGACGCCGGAGCAGACUGGGAAGGAAGACGGGAGGAAUCAUCUUUGAGCUGGGCGCGCACAGUACACCGAGCCUUAAGGUUGUGGGUACAUAGCAUGGGAGUGCAAUGUUGUCCAGGAAGGGACUCAUUCCUGAGGAUUACUUGCUGACACGAUUGGCUGAGGAUGUUGUGCCCCCGAAGUUCAGGGCCAAGCAAGGCAAGGCUCGGUUUGUGGGAAAGAACGGCGCCUGCAAUGUUGCGCACACCAACAUCAGAGAACAGGGUCGGUUCCUGCAGGACGUGUUCACCACUUUGGUGGAUUUAAAAUGGCUCCACACACUCAUCAUUUUCACCAUGUCCUUCCUGUGCAGCUGGCUCCUGUUCGGGAUGAUCUGGUGGCUCGUGGCGUUUGCGCACGGAGACUUGGAUCAAAGGGGGGACGAUUUCGUCCCGUGCGUAACGGACAUCCACUCCUUUUCCUCCGCUUUCCUCUUCUCCAUAGAAGUCCAGGUAACCAUCGGCUUUGGUGGUCGGAUGAUCACAGAGGAGUGCGUCUCGGCCAUCAUCAUCCUCAUAGUGCAGAACAUCGUCGGAUUGGUCAUCAACGCAAUCAUGCUGGGUUGCAUCUUCAUGAAAACUGCGCAGGCCCAUCGGCGCGCAGAGACGCUCAUCUUCAGCAAGCACGCCGUCAUCUCUCUGCGAAACAACAAGCUGUGUUUUAUGAUCCGCAUUGGGGACCUUAGGAAAAGCAUGAUCAUCAGCGCCACCGUGCGGAUGCAGGUGGUCAGGAGGAGUACCACGGAGGAGGGAGAGGUGGUGCCUCUGGACCAGAUUGACAUCCACAUGGAUAACCCGGUGGGUACCAACGGGAUCUUCCUGGUGUCUCCCCUCAUCAUCUCCCAUGUGAUCGACAAGUCCAGCCCCCUGUACGAGCUAUCGCCGAACGACCUGCAGCACCAGGACCUGGAGGUGAUAGUGGUGCUGGAGGGGGUGGUGGAGACCACCGGCAUCACCACGCAGGCCAGGACUUCCUACGUGUCGGAGGAGAUCCUGUGGGGCCAGCGUUUCGUGCCGACGGUCUCCGAGGACGACGGCAUUUACGCAGUGGACUACUCCAAGUUUGGCAACACCGUGAAAGUACCCACGCCGUGCUGCAGCGCCAAGGAACUGGAGCAGUCGGGCGGCGUCCCGCGAUUUAAGCUGAACGAGGGCGCCACCAUGCGGACGUCCGUGAGAAGGCGGAAGGGGGCUGCGAUGGCGCGCAGGUCCAGGCUGGAGAACAGAUGAAGCAUUGUGUUUAAAACUGAGCCGCUUCCUCUCCAGGAUAAAUCUGUCAUUUGCUGAGUUUAUUUUACACAUGAACACGGUGUAUGCAUACAGAAACCUUUGUUAAACUCAGGUUAAGUGGCAAAGCACGGAAAUAAUGCUGACUGUUAAAAGGAUAAUUCAGGAUUUCUAAAUUGGGGUUAAGCACAAAGGUGGUUUAUAACCCAUCUGCAAUAAAUCAUCCUCAGUGAGUCCCUACAUAAUAUGAAUCUAGAGAGAUUGUCCAAACAAAAACAAUAUUGUAAAGCAA